GGCGGCGAGGCGGCCGCACGUUCCCCCCUCCCCAUCCCGGCACUUGGGUUGGUGCAAACCAUCAGUGCCCAGCACAGAAUGGACGCCUCAGGUACGGAAUACGUUAUGGUUUCUUCUCCAUACACUUUCCAUGUGAGUAACGAAUGCUUUCCUCAGAGCCAGCUCACACAGCCACGCUUUCAUCCUGCGAGUUGGAAAAGGUCGCCUGCAAGUGAAGGGAGCAUCGGCUCAGAGCUGCGAGACUGCCAGGACUCCGAUUCUGAAAGCCUUGUUCUGGAAAGGCAGUAUCAGUUAGAACUCCAGCAGCGGAUUCGUGCUAAUGAUGAGCUGGUAGGACUGAGUGCUGGGGAGCUGGAGAAUGACAGCUUAGAGGAAGAAGAUAGCUUGGAGAAGAUGAGUUCAGAGGAGCAGGAAGGAGCUAAGUAUGGCACAGUGCAGUAUACACACAGAGUGCCAAAGAAAGAGAGUGAUGGAAGGGAACAGCAGCCUGUAGACAAAUAUUUCAGCCUCAAGUACAAUCCUAACUGGAGGAACACCAAAGAGGCGUUGGAAUUUUGUGAAGUAGAAAAAACACACCAUGUUGCUGAAGGAGGCAGUGUGGACCUUUCCCAAGAUUCAUUUUACCUCCAUUCCAGUGGCUCCUCAGAAGAAAAGAAUCAACAGGAGGCAAAGUUUCAGGAGUCAUUCUCUGAGUUUGGUACAGAAUUACUAAGCUUUCAUGAGCCAAAUGCCUUCGUCUGCAGUGAACCUUUUAGGUUACAUACCAGAGGGAAUGAAUCUUCAGAUGGCUAUUAUUUCAAAGACAGUCCUAGUACAUACAGCAGUGCUUUUUCUCUUCAGAUUCCAGAAGAUCGACCCCAGAGAGCAAAAAAAGACUUUGUGGAAAAAAACAAGCGGACUUUAGGAUUGCGUACAGACAAGAACAAAUCCUAUCUUCAGUUACACGGCAAAAAGGAAGAAGUUAUUCAAGAGCAGGUUGCAGAUACUAAAACUGUUGAUGAGGAACCAGUUCAGAGUGCCUUACCAUACCCAAACAUGAAAAUGCACCCCGAAGACAAAUGGUGCCUGAAUUCACAGCGGCUCAAGGAUCAUCAGAAUAAGUGGUCCCAAAGAAACAAAGUAAAAUCCAACCAAAAUCUCGAGGGGAGAGAUUUUUCAAGGAGUGAUAACCAUCAGCCAGCAGGAAGACCAGCAAAACCAAGGUCUUGGCACUACAGGCACCACCAGAUGUCAGAAUUUCAGACUGCUCCCAUGCAGGCAGUAGAACAAGACAACAGCAGUGCACUGCAGAAUUGGCUAUACCCAAAUCCUUCUGUUGGCCCUGACACUAAUACAGCAGCAAAUUCAGAUACUUGCUUAAAUAAUUUCCCAGCGUGUACUAGGAAGAGGAACAAGAAUUGCCAGCUUGAUCAUCCAAAUGGACUUCCACAUGGCCAGCAACAUUUAUACAACCAUGCCACUGUGCCAUUUUUCCCAAGAGAUGGCAGUACCAGUGGUCAGGCACAUCCAAAUCAAAAGAAGAGUUCUACUUUUAAUGCUAACUAUCAAGAAAUGGUAAAAGAUCAAGUAUUGCUUCAGGAUUGCAAAAGGCACAUUUAUGCUACCAGUAGUUUAUGGCCUUCCCAAGCUUCUGUUCACAGUUCACCUGCAGCCUUUUGUACAGUCUCCGAGCUAACACAAACCAUGGAGCAACAGAACCAAGAAAUGACUUGUUUGAGAGAAGCUGAUGACUUGCACUCGUUCAGCCCACUUCUACCUCUAAUACCCCACUUAGAAAGUGAUUCAGAGGUAGAUCCAGAGAGAGGUGAAGGAAAUCAAGUGAAAAUAAGUCGAAGCAACUCUGAAGGCUAUCUUAUGCAAAUGGAAAAGCAAAAACAGCACAAAGUCUGCAAGAAGCCAUAUAGCUCAAAAGCCUGUAUCAAUCUCGAUGUGAAGCUUGGAGGCCUUGGACCUGACUAUGAAGCAAUCAAGGAAAAAAAGGAGAAGUUAAAGCAACAAAAGGAAUAUGCACAGCGAAUUAAGGAGCACAACAUGAAAAACAUUGCUUUGGUUCAGAGGUUACCUACAAAACCCCAGGUCAUAUCUUCAGUGUCAAGACAGAAGGCACUGGAAUAUGCAAAGAAGAUUCCUAAACCAAAGACUUUGACGGCAAGGCAAUCAAAUGAAGAGGUGAAAGAGGAAAGAGUUUUGCUACCAAGUUUAAAAGGAGACAGUUUACCUCCAAUUACAUCCUUGGAAACUUUACGAAGCAGACACGAGAAGGAAAAGCAAGUUGUAGCUGCUUUCAGAACCCUUCAUAUCUUAUAAGUGUCUUGAAAUGAUAGGGAUAUCUUCAGGACAAAAAUAUCAGACCUGUUUAAUUAUGAGCUAUUACAUUCACAUAUUGAUUUGCCAUUCCAUUCAAAUAUAGAUUGCUUUAAGUUUUAUCAGUUUCAAGUUUUAGAAUGAGUUCUACUAAAUAUUGAAAAAGUAAAUGGUAACAUAGGCAGCAUUUUAAGUGUGCUCAUCUGAUUUUUAGUUUUUUCCCUCGCUGGGAUGCUUUUCUGAAUUUUGGUUGGACUUAAAGGUCUUCUCCAACCUGAGCAAUUCUAUGAUUGGAUUUUACAGGCAGAAGUUUGUGUUGUACAUCAUCAUCUUUGGGGGAAACUUGGCGGAAAAAGCAUCUUGAGUGUGGGAAAUGUAGGUCAGGUUGAAGGAGGAGUGUUUUGCAUAUCAAAGUACAGUGGACAUCUGCCUUGCAGCUUGUAGGACAGGGCUGUCCUCUUCCCCAGCCUACUGUCUUCUCCCCUUUGGGAUCUUCAGCACAUGGCCCCUCUUGGUGGAACCUGCAUGCUGCAGUACAAUCCACCCAGCUAGGCUGGUUGUUUCCAUGCCGUGCCAGUUACUACUUUUCUACUUUUAUUUUUUAACUAAAUAGUAACACUUGGAAGCAUUUCUGGUUAGAGAACCUCAAUUUGUUGUUUCUGCUUAAAAGUGAUAAUCCCCCCUUAAUACAAAUCUCAAGUACCUAUUUUAAUGAAACCUUCAGAUGAAUAUCAAAGAGCUAUUUACUCGUAUCUAAUAUUUUAAUUAGAUUAUAUUCUCAAUUUAACCCAUUAAACCCCCUUUGAUGAUCUCCAUGUUUAGUGUUUAGCCCCAGAUGCUGGAGGUAAUGAAUAUUGGACCUUUGGUUUAAUGAGAACUUCUGCCUUUCCAGCCUGACUCCCUUUGUAUCCCCUUUUUUUUUUAUUUUCUGAGCUAUAGAAUUCAGUUAAUUGAAGAAGUCUCUUACCACCACACAUUAAGGAACCUAAAUUAGCAUCCCUUUUCUGAUUAGAAAAUGCAAGCAGACAUUUUCUCUUUGAUCUGAGGAUUGAGUUGAAGUAGGCAACAGCUCCCUGAAAAUGAGCUGAUGGCCUUAUUAUUUGGCUGACAUGCAGAUGCGUCCAUGUGGUGCAAAAUGCUUAAUGUCUUAAUUGAUCACCUUCCUCCCUAUCUGUCAUCUCGCUACCUUGUAGAGCUCCCAUAAAUUAGGAUGACCUUUGUGGGUAGGUGGUGUGGGUUUUGGUUUUGUUUUCUUAAAUAAAACAACAAACUUUGAAGAAAUAUUUAAA